GGGCUGGCGUCCCGCGGCCGUCGCCGACAGCGCCCGUCGGGCUGAGCACUGCCUCCGAGGGGCGCCGCGGCCAUGACCCUGCGCCGGCUCAGGAAGCUGCAGCAGAAGGAGGAGGCGGCGGCCGCGCCGGACCCCGCGGGGCCCCCGGCUGCCGCCGCUCCUCCCGCAGCCCCCGGGGACGAGCUGUACGCCGCGCUGGACGACUAUCACCCCGCCGAGCUGUACCGCGCGCUCGCGGUGUCCGGGGGCACCCUGCCCCGCCGAAAGGGCUCAGGAUUCCAUUGGAAGAAUCUCAAGCAGAGCCCUGAGCAGCAACGGAAGGUUCUGACUUUGGAGAAGGGAGACAACCAGACCUUUGGCUUCGAGAUUCAGACCUACGGCCUUCACCACCGAGAGGAGCAGCGGGUAGAGAUGGUGACCUUCGUCUGCCGAGUUCAUGAGUCCAGCCCCGCCCAGCUGGCCGGGCUCACACCGGGGGACACCAUCGCCAGCGUGAACGGAAUCAAUGUGGAAGGCACCCGGCACCGGGAGAUUGUGGAUAUCAUCAAGGCAUCUGGCAAUGUUCUCAGACUGGAAACUCUGUAUGGGACAUCCAUUCGGAAGGCAGAACUGGAGGCGCGCCUGCAGUACCUAAAGCAAACCCUGUACGAGAAGUGGGGAGAAUACAGGUCGCUCAUGGUGCAGGAGCAGCGCCUCGUGCACGGCCUGGUGGUGAAGGACCCGAGCAUCUAUGACACACUGGAGUCCGUGCGCUCCUGCCUCUACGGAGCAGGCCUGCUGCCCGGCUCGCUGCCCUUUGGGCCUCUGCUCGCUGCGCCCGGGGGUCCCCGCGGGGGCGCGCGGCGGGCCAAGGGGGAGACGGACGACGUGUACCACACGUGUUUCUUCGGGGGCGUCGAGCCGCAGGCGCUGCCACCCCCGCCGCCCCCCGCGCGCGCGCCAGGCCCGGGCUGCGCCGAAGCCCCGGCGUCCGUGCUGUGUCCCGCACCCCGCGCCACGCUCAGCCGCAGUGCCAGUGUGCGCUGUGCAGGCCCGGGCGGCGGCGGCGGCGGGGGCGCGCCGGGCGCGCUCUGGACUGAGGCCCGCGAGCAGGCCCUGUGUGGCGCCGGCCUACGCAAGACCAAGUACCGCAGCUUCCGCCGGCGGCUGCUCAAGUUCAUCCCCGGACUCAACCGCUCGCUGGAGGAAGAGGAGAGCCAGCUGUAGGGGCGCGGGUGGGCAGGCGGGAGGUAUUUAUUUAUUUAUUCAUCGUAUCAGCCCGUUCAAGAAGGGGACAGUAGUGCCAGGUCCAAGGACCUCAGGAGCCCAGAGCUGCGGAGAGGGUCCUUGCUAACUGGGGCUGGUCUCUGCUGAGAAAAAAGAGAGCCUCGUUGCUUUCUUUCCCCCCUUCGAGCGCAGCUGGAGCGCAGGGGGAGAAUAGACGCUGGGAGUUAGGAGAGGUUUGGGGGCAAAGAAGACUGUGCCAGGCCGCACUCUCUGGGUCAGUCGUGCCUUGUGGGGCCUGCCCCCGAGAAGCCCUCUCCUCGGCUUUACUAGCUCCCCAACCCUGCGCCUCGGGGAGAGGAGAUCCAUGAUGGGUCAUUUCCUCACCCCACACAGACACACACACACACACCCCCAAUGGACCAGCGGGCCCCAAGGGGGCGAGGUGCUGGUCCCCUCCCUCCAGCCUUGACCCCUAAGGGCUUAUAAGGCCCCUCUCCGGGGGCAUAUGACUAAGUGGGGUCCUGCCAGGCAGGGGUCCUGGGUUCUGUGCUCUAUGGGGAACAGGAAUGAGUCCAUCCGGGUGGGGUGGGGCAGCCUGGGCUGUUCGCCGUCUUUCGCAUAUGUUGCCUCUGAACCACAAACUGUAUAAAAUUGUUGGUUUUUUUGCA